CCGAAUAGGCAUGACGGUAUAUUGUUUCGGAAAUUUAUGCUCGUGUAUGUAAUUUCCUGAAAAUGACCCAGUACAAUGGUACAAAGUUACAAACUACAAAGUGGUACUGGUAACUACAACAAAGUGGUAAGUGAUGACAUCGCCUUCCUUGUUUAAACCCUCGACACCUUCACUGCACUCCUAAAACCCCAAAUGACAGUCAUCUCUGAACCCAGAUAAUGCUCUCCGCUUCCUCAAGGCGUUUCCGAUGUCACAGAGCAGCAGAGCUAUUCAAACCCCCUCUGGGUCCCGACCCGUUUCCGUUUCGGAUUCAGAAAUCUCCACCACUUCCCGACCCGAACAACCGGCCAUCCUUCACCACCGUAACUUCAUCCAUCAACCACACUCACCCCUCUUCCGAAUCACAACAACAAACACUAGUGACCCAAAUUCUCUCCACCAUUGAAAACGCCCCUACAUUACUCCAAUCCCUACACAACAAACGCUUCUUCCUAACCCCCAAAUCUUUCAACCGCGUUUUGAUCUCAGCCGCUCAAAGAAACCAUCUUUACCUCGUAACCCAAAUCUUCAAGCUCGCAAUUGCUUCCAAAAUCCAACCUUUAAACUCAGAUUGCUAUCUCACUGUAGCCAAAGCCUUUGCAAGAGCAGAUGAUUGUGUUGUGGAGCUACUCAGUUUUACCGAGCAAGUAUUGGAAUUGACCCAACCGAGCAUGACAGUAAUAAACAGGCUUCUCUUUGCAUUGGGUCAAUGCAAAGAGACCGAUAAUGCAAUUUUGAUCUUCACCCAGGUGAAAGAUCGAAACUUUACUCCGGAUAUGUACACAUACAACACUGUUCUUGAGAUAUUGGGCCGGGCGGGUCGGACAGGUGAGAUGCUGGGGGUGUUUGGGGAAAUGAAGGAAGCUGGGAUUGACCCGGAUUUGGUUUCUUACAAUACAGUGAUAAACCAUGUGAGGAAGUUUGGGGAAGUUGAUAUGUGCUUGUUGUAUUUCAAGGAAAUGUGUGAAAAGGGUGUUCAGCCUGAUUUGCUUACUUACACUGCAGUCAUUGAUGGGUUGGGGAGGUCAGGAAACAUUGAGGAGUCGUUGAAGUUGUUUGGUGAGAUGAAGGAGAGGCGGAUUCGGCCUUCGUUGUAUCUUUAUAGAGCAGUGAUUAGUAAUUUGAAGAAGAUGGGGAAGGUGGAGAUGGCGGCGAGUUUUAUGGAGGAGAUGAAUUCGUGUGCUUCAAGUCUUUGUGCUAGUCGUAAAUCGAAUAAAUGCGAGUAGAAUUGGUGAGUGUAUUUUGAUUUGGAGUUUAUAGGUCUCUUGCUAUUUGUUUCGUAUUGUAGUGCUUGAAAUCUGCUACUCAGUUUCUGUGUUCAUCUUCAAUAUGAUGCAAUAUGAUGCUUGUGAAGACAUUGUUUAAACACUUUUACAUGUCAUUUUGAUCCUUUGUUCUGUAUGCAAUAAGACUUGAAAAGAAUUGCCUAGGAAAAUGCAUACAUCAGAUCGUCAAGUGGAAAAAAAAAAAAGCGAGUUGCUUGCACUAAAGUUGUAUGAAAAGAAUGAUCAUUUCAACCGUCAUUGCAAGUUUGAAACUGUAAAUAAGAAAUGAAAACAAGUCUGUAUUGCUCUUCCUACAUUGAAAGGCAAAAUGAUGAAAACAAGGUUAUGGUUGAUAUCCCAGCAUCUCAAAUGCGACUUGAGGCCCUCUCAACUGCUGGAUGAUGAUAAGGAAGAUGGGAGCCGGUGUGAGAAGAAGCGCGUGUCAUUGGUGGGGAAGCCACAUGGCAUUGCGAGGGAGGGGUCAAGGAGCGUUGGACCGGAGAGUAGGAUGAAGAAGAGGUGGGAGACUGGAUGAUGAUAAGGAAGAUGGGAGCCGGUGUGAGAAGAAGUGCGUGUCAUUGGUGGGGAAGCCACAUGGCAUUGCGAGGGAGGGGUCAAGGAGCGUUGGACCGGAGAGUAGGAUGAAGAAGAGGUGGGAGAUUCCUAGUGAGGUGGUGGUGUUCCAGGGUUUGGAGGAGGACGGUGUUGCUGAAAUGGGUGAUGUGCUGCCAAAGAUUAGGACCGUUUGAUGUGUUGAUGACAUGCCGAGGGGGUCAGGGCUGGCGAAAAGGGUGGCGGAAUUGAUUGAGAUGAAGAAGUAUUUUAGCAACAGUAAUGAGGUCUGCCAGGAAUUGAGUUUUGCAGAAGAGGAGGAUGGUGAAGAAGAAUAAGUGGGAGCAUGGAGGAUUUGUAUCGAUGAGCAGGUAGCAAAGGAUAUACAACUAAUUGAUUCCAUUGCGGAGAAACAAGCACAAAUAUUUUCGGAAUAGUGCAAAUUGUUUCCCACUGAUGUUCAGAUUCACUCUAUAUAUCCAUUGCAUGAUGUUUCUGAGCUGGAACAAAGGCUUGCAGAACAAUCAAAGAUACUCUCAAGUCUUCAACAACAGGUUGAUGAUUAGGCGUCAAAGCAUGCUUACAACCCAGAUGAGGAGUAUGCAGAGGUAGAAUCCAGAUUGCAUUCACAUUUGGAAUCUUUUCUAGAAACUGCAAGAUCAUUCAAUAUGAUUUACACCAAGGAAAUACGUCCCUGGACACACAUGAUGGAGGUAACCCAGCUCCAUGGGUUCGGGCCAGCUGCCAUUCCCUUGUUGGAGGCAUAUAAGAUGCUUUUGAAGGCACGUUGACCUAAUGAUGCCUGGUUGGUGUUGGGUAGGCUCUAAGCAUAAGGGACUUCAGUUGGAAGGGGUCAGCAGUGAAACUAGUUGAAAGUUGUAUGCACAUGUCACUUUUUGCAUGAAGAUGCAGCUUUUGGAGAAAGUAACUAUUUUUUUUCCUGUUUCUGGGGGCCUAUAUUUGUCAACUUGAAUGUUGUUCCCGUCAGAUAUCUACAGAGGUUUCAUGGGGUUUGAUUCCUUUCAUCACUGCCCUUUUGUCUUAACUCGUAAUAUUGAUCUUCAAUGUUUUAUGCUGUGUCUCCUCUCUCCCAUGUUUUCAUGUUAAUGCCUCUUCUUGCUGUCAUAUGGGAAUGCUGUAGCAGUUAAUCAAUCAAAUGGCAUAGACUUGGCUUGGGUUAACCUCACUGGUGUUUCUUAUAGUAAGCAGUUUGUGUACCAACAAAAUAAUAGAAAACUGAACGAUAGAAAGAAGGGGAGUUAUGACAUUUUGUUGUUGUUUGGGAGUAGGUUGUAGACUUGUAGGAAAUGGAAGGAAAAGUAGGACUGGUAGUUCUCCUUUUAACCUGUGAAAGCAUUUCCUAUAAUGAUGCAGGUAAAGUCGGUGGGAACGAUAAGCAAAUAGCGACAUGGUUGUGGACCAUUUCUGGAUUUCUUUCCCUACCAUGUAUUCUCAUUAAACAAGGAAGAUCUAGUCUUCCUUCAAAUCCAUCCCCCCAUAUAUGUUCUUCAAUCGCACAAUAGAAGAGACCCAAAAUCCUCUAUUGAGUUUUGUCCUCCUUGCUCUUUCUUGCUCCCCCAACAUGUCAUCACUUCCUGAUAACCUUUUCUCCUUGUGUGUGUGCAAGGGGGUAGGGAGGUUUUGGGCAGGUAAAGGUGGGAUGGGCAGAUAGCGGGAAUUGAACCUGCAUCUUCUACUUGGAAAAGAGAAAUUCUACCAUUCGACCAUACUGUAGUAUUGUUCUUGUGGAACUUGAGGAAUCUAAGAGACUCACAUGCUGCUCUUGCUGUUGGAUCAUCUGACUCAGUUGCUGGUGAGCCCUCCUGUCACAAGAAUAUUCUCAGAUUGUGAAUCUGCAUUGACAGUCUUAAGUCAUGACCUUGGAAUUCUCUCGGCUUCCAUUGCUCGAGAGCAAGGUGGAUAGGUGAAGUUAUGAUGACACUGCUGUUGUUUGAUGAGGGCUGCAAUCUAUUCGAUUUCUUCCUCUUGAUCUGUGACUGGAGAGCAUGUCUGGGAAGAUUUAGUUUCUUCCUCUUGCAUGAAAUCGAUUUACAAUAUAACAUUGAUUCAAGUAUGCGUAGCCCAUUUCAGUUAUUUUUUUGGGUGAUCUCAAUCCGAUACCUUAUAUUGUGUAUCGGACUGACUACUCUGAGGCUAUCCUUGUUAAAAAUGUAAUUAAAACAUUUAUCCCCAUUUAUUACUGAAACUCAGUUGUUACGGGUA